ACUCUGAAAAGGAAUUGAUUAUAUUCAAAUAAUUGAUUAUGUCAACAAGUACUAGUUAAUUAUUUUUUUAAAGAAUUUUUGUGACAUGAAUCAUGAUUAACAAAAUCCUAUUCCAAGCUCUGCUGUGAUGGCUGCUCCCAGAUGAUCUGUGGUCUGGCAUAUGGCUGUGAAAAAUGCAAUUUCCACCUGCACAAAUCAUGCUCAGAGUUACCUUUUGAGAUACGAGAUCCUUGGCAUCCGAUGCCCCCUUUGUUCCUUGUUCAGAACGACCAUUUGACAUGCCUCAAGUGCGAUGACAUAUGCAUUGGCUGCACCUACCUUUGUGGAAGGUGUAGUGUCGGCAUCCAUCUUAAAUGCGCUUCUUUGACUAUGGAAGAGGAGGAGAAAGAAGUUCACAGUAGUGAUACAGAAGAGUGGGAAGAGGGAGCGACAGAAGGUAGUGGAAAAGAGUAUGAGCAAAAGAGUUACUCAGAAGAGGAAAAAAUUGACGCAGAAAAGAAUGGGAGUGAUGCAAAAGAACCCGAUAUUGCCCAGCUUGCUGAAACAAUCCUUAGCCUCCAGGACGAGGCUGAAACACUGAGAAAGAAAAUAGAAACAUUGCAAGCCAUCAAGGAAAGACUUCUAAACAAAUCUCAUCAACAAUCCUAAAGCAUUGUUAGGAUUUAUCCACCUAUAUGCAAGAAUGUCUACCUCUUGCUUUUAUUUGAAAUAUUUAAUAGCACUUUUUGUAGAUUCUUCUUGGUUGCCUGUGAAUUGUGAUAUUAAUCCUAUGAUUCUGCAAAAGUUAAAUGAUUUCCUUCAUCAUCAACAAAAUCCAUUUAAUAUACUUAAAUUAUGUUGUAAAAUAUGAAAUUGGCCAAAUUUACAAGAACAGGAGGUCUAAAAUGAAACUUACAUACAUCUGGUAUCCAAAUAUUAGUGAUGAAUCACCUGAUAUUCCCCUGACUCAACAACUUCUUAAACUCUUCAUCAGUGCUCUUGAGCAUGAGACCCAGAGGCAAAUAGAUCCCACUUUUCAUGACCUCAAGGUGCCUAGGCUUUAUCCUUUUCUCCAAACUAAAAGCAAAGAACUGAG